AUAUUACUUGAGAGUCUAAAGCGGAGUAAGGAUUUCAAACACGAGCUCGAUAAUAAUUUUAAGUUUUUGGACAAAAACAACGCCAAAAAGAGUUUGAACUCCUUUUCCUCAACAAUUCCUGUUGAAAACGAAGCCGAUCUAACAACUUUUGAGACUAAUUACUCUCCGCCUAUAAUCGUCCUUCUACCUGAAGAUUCAACCUCGAGGGAGAAAUGGGAGUAUGCUGUAACAUUAAAGUGUCUGGGCCAAAAAAACUUCGACGCCUUCACAAAUAUUCACAAUACAAGAAUGGCUAAGAUGGCCGCAAUUUCUGGAACCACAGUUAAGGAGAUAGGUGAUGAAAUUAAAGAAACUGAACAGGAACUUCAAAAGGUUAGAAAGGAACUUGAAGAGGUAAUGGAGAAGAAAAAAGAACUGGGAACAGUUGGUAAAAAUGAUUUCACCAAAAAAACACAGGAAUUACACAUAGAUCAUAACAUUAAAUUGUUAAAGCAGGAGAUCCAUGUUAUGGAAGUAAAGUUGGAUCGGCUUAACAAGAGACUUAAGUCUGCCAUCCUAUUUGGCAACAAGUCUCAAAAUAACAACGAAUCUGAAAAUGAAGAUAGUUUUGAAAAUAAUAAUGAAAAUGAAGAAGAAGGUGAGGAAAUGGAUAAUGACGAGGGUGGCCGUGAUAAUGAGGAUGAAAAUGGUGUUGAUGAGGGUAAUGAAGAGGAAAAUGAUGAAGAAAAUUAUUAA